CAUUUCACCACACUUUGAACUUCAUCCCACAUUCCACACAAAAUAUAGCACAAAAAAACUGAGGAUAGCCCAUUUUCUGCCACCUAGCUUAUUUGGUUUUGCCCCCCUUCUUAUUUCCCAAAAGCCAACAACCAUGCAAUAUUCUCUCCUCUCUAACUAUUCUCCUCUGCUUGUUCUUGUUGUUUCCCCUCCUAAUUUGUUACUCUUAUUACUUUUCUUCUUCUUUUUUCUCCUAAUUCUUGUCACUCUUUCUCAAUUACUAUGGCAUUUUCAUCAUCCCAAACACAAAAGACUACCCCCUGGUUCCAUGGGUUGGCCUUAUCUUGGAGAAACUAUUAAACUCUACACUGAAAAUCCCAAUUCCUUCUUCUCCAAUAGGAAAAAAAGGUAUGGUGAUAUAUUUAAGACCCAUAUUUUGGGUUGUCCAUGUGUUAUGAUAUCAAGUCCUGAAGCAGCAAAGAUUGUUCUUGUAAGCAAAGCUCAUCUCUUUAAGCCAACUUAUCCACCUAGUAAAGAGAAGAUGAUUGGUCCUGAGGCCUUGUUUUUUCACCAAGGAGAGUACCAUUCUAAGCUUAAGAAACUUGUGCAAGCCUCUUUUCAACCUUGUGCACUUAAAGGUGCUGUUUCUCAUAUUGAGAAUAUUGUCCUUAAUUUGCUUCCUACCUUGGAGAAUAAUACCAUCAACACUUUAUAUGAGAUGAAGAAGUAUGCAUUCGAUGUUGCAAUGAUCUCGGCAUUUGGGGACAAAAAAGAGUUGGAGAUUGAAGGUAUCAAGCAUUUGUAUCAAUGCUUAGAGAAGGGUUACAAUUCUAUGCCUUUGAAUUUCCCGGGAACUCCUUUUCAUAAAUCUAUGAAGGCAAGGAAGCUUCUAAAUGAGACACUAAGGAAGCUUAUAGCAAAGAGAAGAGAAAAUGAUGACAUAAAUGGAGGUUUAUUAGGAGUGUUACUAAAUUCGAGGCAACAGAAAUCAGCUAACAACUAUCAGCUAACUGAUUCACAAAUUGCGGAUAAUAUUAUUGGUGUGAUUUUUGCUGCCCAUGAUACUACUGCUAGUGUCCUCACAUGGGUACUCAAAUACUUACAUGAUAAUGAGGAUCUUCUUGAAGAUGUGACGAAAGAACAAGAUGGAGUUAGACUAAGACUGAUUGAGGAUAACCGUAGUCUUACGUGGGAGGACACCAGGAACAUGCCUUUGACUACCCGGGUGAUUCAAGAAACACUAAGAACAGCAAGUAUACUGUCAUUUACAUUUAGGGAAGCAGUUCAUGAUGUUGAGUUUGAAGGUUACUUGAUUCCUAAAGGGUGGAAAGUCCUACCCUUGUUUAGAAGUAUCCACCAUUGCGCUGAAUUUUUCCCUCAACCUGAAAAGUUUGAUCCUUCAAGAUUUGAGGUUCCACCAAGACCUAACACUUACAUGCCAUUUGGUAAUGGAGUUCACUCUUGUCCAGGAAGUGAACUAGCUAAGCUUGAAAUGCUGAUUUUCCUCCAUCAUUUCACCAACAACUACAGGUGGAAAGAUGUGGGAGAUGAGGAUGGAAUUCAAUAUGGUCCUUUCCCUGUUCCCAAGCGUGGUUUUCCCAUAAUGGUGUACCCACGAUUACGAAAAUGAAAUUAUUUCAUUAUCCUAAUUUUAUAAAUUUAUCGCUAAUGAAAAGAUUGGAAGAUAACUCUAGUAUAAUUAAUUGAGCUAAUAAGUAAUAACCAAAAAGAAGUGUUUGAUGGGGUCCAAAGCCAACAACAAAUAAGGCAACGUACUCCAUUUAAAUUAUAAACCUUAUCCUCUUUAUAAUUCCUUUUCUUUUUUUUCAAUGUAACCUUUUUUUUAAUCCUUUGAUUUCUCAAUUUUUUUGGAUAUAUUUUUAUUAACAUGUGCCAAGAAAAUUAGAAUGCACAUGUUUCUUUGUCUUUUCUCAUCAUUAAGAUGGUUAUUAAUGUAACUUUAUGUAAGUAUGUAUGUAAAUUUUUUUGUUGUUGUUGUUAAGUAAUAAGUAUGUAUGUAUGUUUGUGAA